UCAAUUUCCAUUCCGUCUCAAAUAUAAAGCAACACCCACCAAACCUUUUUUCAUUUCAACUUGUCAAACAAGAAAAGCACAACUCCGAAACGAAACGAUCGUAAUUGAAGCAAGAAAUGAAGCUAGUUUGGUCUCCGGAGACAGCAUCCAAGGCUUACAUUGAUACUGUUAAAUCUUGUCAACUUUAUCACGAAUCUGGUGUAGCAGAGCUUGUUUCAGCCAUGGCAGCGGGCUGGAACGCGAGAUUCAUCGUGGAGACAUGGUCAUUGGGUGGCGCCACCGCAACAAGCGUCGGCCUGGCAGUUGCUAGCAGUCAUACAAACGGAAGACAUGUAUGUAUGGUCCCCGACGAACGGUCAAGUUUAGCAUACGUUGAGGCCCUAGAAGAAGCCGGUAUGUCAAGGCCGGAAGUCAUCGUGGGGGAACCUGAGGAAGUAAUGGAUAGAUUAAACGGAAUAGAUUUCAUGGUGGUGGAUAGCCAACGAAAGGACUUCUCCAGGGUAUUAAGGCUGGCGAAAACGAGCAACCGAGGAGCAGUUCUGGUAUGCAAGAAUGCUAAUUCCAAAAGUGCUUCAAGUUUCAAAUGGAGAAGUGUUGUCGAUGAUGGUUCACGACGGCUUGUCCGCUCCGUGUUUCUUCCGGUAGGAAAAGGCUUGGAUAUUGCUCAUGUAGCCACCACCAGCAGCGGAGGAAUUUCAAGUUCAGGCAAAGGCAAAAGGCGGUGGAUCAAACAUGUUGAUCGACAAUCGGGGGAAGAAUAUGUCAUACGAAAAUAGAAUAAUCUUAUAUUUCUAGAAGAAAAGAAAGUAUUAAUUGUAUGUAGAUCUCUUUUUCGACUUUCUUGGUCUUGACUAUUGCAUUGUACAGGAAUUUGAACCUGAAAAUUGUUUAGAAGUUUCCAAAUCCAGUCACCAGGUUAAAUCAAAUUAGU